AUGUUGUCGGCGACACUCAAGAAUGGGGAGCCGUUUAGUCCGGCCAAGGUUCACCCGCUCCUGUCCCCACAGGCGGCCAGUUCAAGUUUCUCCGACCGCGACCUUAACCCCGUCGAUGCCGAUGCCUCAUUUAAUAAUCCCACCCGCCCAGAGUCUCCACAGCCUCCGCAGACCAGCGUCCACUGCCCCCAGGACGCGCCGUAUAAUGCAUCGGUAGUAACCACAGAAAUUGGCGGUACGCCCGCUGUAACACAACACCCAGCCAGUCUGACAUCGGACGAAUCCUCCCGCAAAGAAGACCCCACCGCUAUCAGCAAGUCCUCCUCCAUCGAGAACCUCUCCGUCCUCCCGCGCAUCCCGUCUUUUGGUGAGAACCGCGUUCGGAAGCACCGCAAGAACGCGCAAUCAAUCGACUCCGCGAUACCCCGCCAGACUCUUCUUAAGGCGUUACAGUCUCGGCCUCCGCCUUCAUCGGCGACACAACAGUCCAUGGAUUCCGUCAUGGAAGGCUCAGAGAAUGGAGGGAAGAAUGCGCGUUCAAAGAGCAUCACGCAUUCGCAACUUGCAAAAGCGCUUUCCGAACUUGAAUUGCACUCUGCGGACCUUUCUGCAAGCAAGAUGGCUGCGCUCGCAUCGCCAUGCUUUUUCCAUAAGAAGUUUGACAAGGCUGUGAACCUGGGAAAGGUCAUGGAAGAGAUGUCCGAGGAUGACACAAUAUCGCAUUCAAGACUCAUGCAGACUGCGAACAGUGUCCGUGAGGUGUCGAAGCAGCUGCAGCGUCGACCCAUCAAGAUGACGGUACGCAAUGUUAUGAUUGUCACCAAGGCUCGCGACAACAAUCUUGUAUACCUUACGCGCGAGUUGGCGGAAUGGCUCAUGACUACCUCGCGCUAUGGCUCAGACGUUGGAGUGAACGUCUACGUAGACCACAAGCUGCGCAAGUCGAAGCGCUUCGAUGCUGCCUCUUUGUUGGCCAAAGACAAACGCUACGAGAACAUGCUUCGUUGGUGGACACCAGACCUGUGCUGGGAAACACCAGAGAUCUUCGAUCUUGUUCUUACUCUUGGUGGAGACGGCACCGUACUUUUCACCUCGUGGCUCUUCCAGCGCAUCGUACCGCCGAUUCUGUCCUUCUCGCUCGGCAGCCUUGGUUUCCUUACAAACUUUGAAUUCGCGCAGUAUAGGCCAGCGCUCGACAAGAUCAUGAGUGAGACUGGUAUGCGUGUGAAUCUGCGCAUGCGCUUCACCUGCACAGUAUACCGCUACCAGAAGAACGUUGCCCAAGGAUCACCUCAGCACAUUGAAGCUGAGCAAUUCGAGGUACUCAACGAGCUUGUCAUCGACCGCGGCCCAUCACCCUAUGUCUCGAACCUCGAGCUCUACGGCGAUAACAACCUGCUUACUGUUGUGCAAGCAGACGGUGUUAUCUUCUCGACGCCUACCGGUUCAACAGCAUACUCGCUCUCUGCAGGUGGCUCUCUCGUGCACCCGGAUAUCCCUGCUAUCCUCCUGACACCCAUCUGCCCGCAUACUCUCUCCUUCCGCCCCAUGCUGCUUAAUGACAGCAUGCUCCUCCGCAUCGCGGUACCUCUCAAGUCCCGGGCUACCGCCUACUGCGCCUUCGACGGCAAGGGCCGUGUCGAACUCCGUCAAGGCGACCACGUCACCAUCGCCGCUUCUCAGUACCCAUUUCCUACCGUACUCUCGCAGCCAACCGAAUGGUUCGAUAGCAUCAGCCGUACACUACGAUGGAAUUCGCGCGGUGCGACACAGAAAGCCUGGGAUGGCGACGAUGACGAAGAGGCUGAGGAGGAGAAGGAACCCGACUUUGACAUCGACUUUGACAACGACGACGUCGAUCGCGAUUCUGGAUACAGCGCUGAAGGUAGCACUGUCGAUGGCAGGGGAAGCCCAAUAAGGAAGGGUGUAGUGCUACCCUUCUUGUAG